AUGAGACUUGAUUAUGCCGACGACACUGUCACCACCGACUCAGCCUUGUCAAUGGCCACCAACGAUUGCUCUACCAAGGCGCCAUUCACUCAACUUCAGAUAGUCAAGGACGACCAGCAGUUCAUUGAUGAGAUACCCGAUGCUAUUAUUGACCAGUGGGGCCUUGACGACGUUGGUAUCGAUUAUCACGUCGUAUCAUCAUUUGGAACGCGUGGAUGUGGCAAAAGCACCUUGCUGAACCGACUCUUUGGAACCACAUUCACUGAAAGAAAAGCUGGCGAAUUCGGUCCUGGUACCAAGGGGAUAUGGAUAAGCAGAGCUCAAGACAAACCAGUGUUGGUGAUGGAUACUCAAGGAUUGGAUGAUUAUGAUUUCGAUUGCAAAUCCACCUUGUUCUUGAUGGCGAGCAGCUCCGUGCUUAUUUUCAACCUUUGGGAACAUCAAGUUGGAUUGAAUGUCGGUGCCAACAUGGAUUUAUUGCGACUCGUCUUUGAAUUGAAACUGCAAAUGGACCUGCCAACUCAAUGCAAGCCGAUGAUCUUAAUCAUUGUUCGUGAUCAUGAGGAUGAUGUCCCUUUGACUGCUGUAAGGAAAACAUUGGAUGAAAGCUUGGAAAAGGUUUGGAGCGACGUGAACAAGCCAGAGAAUCUAAAAGACUCACAAAUCCGAGACUACCUUGAUUUCAUGGUUACAGCUCUGCCACAUAAAAAGCUACAAGCUGCCGAAUUCAAUCUUCGCGUCGAAAAGCUGAAAGAACGUGUGUUUGAUGAUCUUCAUGGUCCAAAUUAUGCCUUCAAGUCGUCACAUCAACUGGUUCCUGUUGAUGGAUAUCUCUCCUUUGCCAUGUCAAUGUGGAUGCAUACAUCAAUUGCAACAUGUCUACAUUCGAAUGAUACACCUGCACCAAACAGCAAUGAUAUCAACAGCUUUGCAGCUAUUGAGAAUCCUGACAUCAACAGCCAACCUCGGCACACACCAUCACAAGAGUCAUUUGUGAAUCAGACGGCAACGGAUAUUCCUCGACUUUCAAAAGACGUCAUCACCCCAACACAUCAUGAUUGCGCCGAGAUAUUCAACAAGAAUGAGGCCGACUUGAAUGAGAGACUACAUCGUCUACGCUGCCGAGUGAUACUCGAGGGACGAGUGAUUGCGAAUUUGGAUCAACAAGUGGACCGAGUACGGAGGAAAACAAAAGAAGACUUUGAUGACAAAGUGCGUGAAUGUCUACAUGGAUCAUGUCGUACGAGGCUGGACGAGCUAUUGUCAAGGAUCGAAUUGAGUCAACGAGAUGUAUACCAAGCUCAAUUGGCCAACUUGCAUAGGGCUGUGUAUGGGCGAUUUAUCAGUAGGCUCACUCCUUUCAAUCAACAAGUUUUCGAGCAAAAUCAAAUGAUACCUGAUUUUGGAAGGCGCAUGAAGGAGAUUCUAGAUCAAGAGAUGCGGACGUAUGAUACAAAGGCAGCUCAAUCUUAUCUUGCUGGUGUACAUGAGGCACGCCGAAAUGAUCUAUUGGACAAGCUUCACUCCCAUCUCAAGAGCUUAUGCGCACAUCAACUGAAAAUCCUGCGUAGCACUUGUGCCAAGAUGUUUGAGGAAGACCUAAGGACAAAGUUGAAUCAAGGCAUGAAUCUGGAGCUUGCUGUGGCAAAAUGCAAGGCACAAGUGGUGGACCACUUUAUGAGCUCUGCAAAAGCAACGAUGGUCUUUGAUGACAACAGCUAUUAUGAGCAUUGGAUUUUCUUGGAACAAGACCUGGCCAAGAUAUGUGCCCGAGUCCAUCAAGACGUCAAGAGUGAUGCAAGCAUUGAUGGCGUACUUGAUACAUUAUUCGAGGUUGUGAUCGAUGUUGCACAUGUCCCAGCAAAGCGGUUUGCCGAGAUGGCUUGGAAGUGUCUAUAA